AUGACAGGAGUACAACUUGUUGCCGGCCUCUUUCCAGAUGAUUGUGUUCCAAACCAACCUGGCCAAGGCUAUUUUCCGGGAGGCAGGUUAGAUAGAGAUUCCUUGAACAAUUUUAUGAAGGAAAUAAAGAAACAUCCCUACUUGACUGAUGAAGAUGCAGCUUGCUUGGCAGCAGCUCGACUAACGGAGCAGCAUGAACAUAGCCGAAUGUGGUACCGAGUUGGAGCGGUUCGAAGCAUAAGUGGGGGCAGGAAAACAAAACCUCGUUUGAGCCAUAAGCUGCACCAGCAAUGCAAGGAGAUGAUCCGUGAACUGAUGGUGUUGAGUGAUGAAGAAAAUUCCAUUUCAAAGGUUUAGUCAAUCUUAGCGUUUUGUCAGUGAAAUUUCUCCUCCAUUUGUUUUUUAUGCCCCUGGUGACUUACUUUUCUUGCAUGUCUUGGAUAAUGCAUUGCUUGGUAUCCUUUGUUUCCUUCAUAUUUAUUGUGAUGUACUGAAUGGAUUUGUUGACACUAACUCAAAACCUCCAAAACAUAUUCUUAAUAUUUAUUACGUUUCAGUAUCAAAAUUUACAUACAUUGAAUCAAUGGCGAUUUAGGAAUUGGUCAUUCCAGUUCUUUCAAAUAAUGCUGUAAAAUAUUUAUUUUGGAUCAUUGUUUGAUGAUUUUUAAUAUAUUCAAAUUAAUCCACAUGGUAAAUACAUUUAUAAGGUAAUGUUGCAAAGUUGUUGUUGUUGUUUUGAGGUAUUAUUGCAUGGUGAUCAUUGGGCAUGAAUCAGUAAUUUUCUGGUGCUCUAUUUUAAUUAAUUGCAUUGUGUAACCUUAAAACUAUAAGGUCUAAUACUGGUAACAUCCCAUUAGAUUAAUUUUCAUUCAAGGAACUACUUAACAAUAUCUGCAUGAAUUUUUGUGUAACCAUUUAAGUGAUCUUGUACUUUUCUGAAGAUCGUUAUCUGCUCAUGAUAUUAUAUGUGUAUUAGAAACGUUAUAAUUAAAAUUAUUUUAAAGUUUUUUUAAUAUACACUUAAAUAUGUUACAUUUUUCUUUUGUCAGAUAUUGUAAAUGAUGUUUUAAAAUUAAGAAAUUCAAAGUUUACAGGUGAAUCUCUAUAAACUGCAGGAAAAUGUUAGUUUUGGAAGCCAAUUCAUUUUUAUUGUGAUAAUAUUAGAUGUACACGUACUUCUGCUUUUAGCCAAUUCUCUUGCCUGCUGUGGUUACUAUACCAAAAAUAUCUACAUCAUACGUUAAGAAAACAAGACCAAUAAAAAGGAACGUCGAGAGCCAGCACGGGCCCCGGGGCAAACAUCCUCGCCGGGCCU